UGUCCACCUUGAGAAACUGUCCAAGUGGAUUAAAGGGUUAGAUAUUGUCAGUAAUAACUUAGGCAAAAGCACUCAAGGGUACUAAUUUGUCAGAAAAAAAAAAUGUGGGCCUUCUUGGUGCUCACUUUUGCCCUCGCUGUUAGGGCAUCAGACACCAACAACGACACAGCGGUUGAAGAAAAGCUCAACAUCGCCAGAGGUAAACUGCUGGCUCCCAGUGUGGUGGGAUGAGGCAUAAAGAAAAUGCCCGAGCUCCAUCAUUUUCUUCUGGAGCGCUGGGCUUUAUACCACAACUUGGAAUAUGAUUCAUCGGAGGAGAAGAAUCCCCGUCUGAUACUCUAUAAUGAAAAAGACGAGGUUGUAAAGACUGUUCCCGUGAAGAAAAUGAAGGCAGACGAGAUCAGCAGCCUGUUGGACUCACUAGGUUUCUACAAGAGGUCCCAAAAAGGGGAAGAGGUGCCAGAGGAGUUCCAGCAUUUCCCCCUGCGCACCCCUAGGGACGAGCUGUGAUGACACCUUGUGGCGGAACUCUGCCGCUGCACCCCGGUCACAUUAAUGACGAGUGGGGCCCCAAGGCCAAAUUGAUAAGCCAGGCACCAUUCUGAGGACUCGCUGGCCGGGUGCGGUGUGCAGUGUGUUAGUCAUUGCUGUGUAACUCAGUUUUAUGUCCUUAAAAUAAAAAAGUCCAUAAAACAC